ACUUUCGUAACACCUCCUGACCUUAUUUCCCCAAAUUUUGUCCCUUCCAACAUUUAACAAACAGAAACCCCGCAUUUUCAAAUUAAGCUGUCUCCGGUGCUUCAGCCCAUUCUCCCCGUAUCUUUCUCCGGCGAGUCUCCGAGCAAUCACUUCCUCCGGCGGAAAUCUAGCGGUAGACAAAUAUGAGUAUUAAACCAACAGUUGCUUUGAGAGCCAUUAUUGUCGGAGGAAUAGCUGCCUUUGCAAAAAUUGGUGGUGCUGUUAAAGCUGCAGGAGGAGUAAAAUUAGGUGCAGCUGCUGCUGCCAUGACUGCUGCAGCAACAGCAGCUGUAUCAGGAUCCAAACAGGAAGAAAAGAAGGAUAGUUCUCAGCAGUUGUCAUCCAAGUGAUGCACACAACUCAUGUGUUAUUUUUUUCAACAAUGUAACGUAUAAACUGUCAAAAUAAAAGUUGUAGGGUGGUGGCAUAUUCCAGUCAAAUGGUUUCCCAGGAUGAUCUUUAAUAGCUAAGAUAUAUGGGUCCUUACAACUGCAGGACUCGUUAGUUCUGUACUAAUGGAAAGUAGGAGUUUGUUGAAGUGAAAAAGCAUCACUCAGUGCCUGUGCUAGAUGCAGUUUGUUUACCCUCCGGUACCUGAGGUAUGUUAAUAGUUUUGUACCAGUAAAGGAUAUAUUACUGCUUCCGUGAUACUUUCAAAAGCAAAAUAUAUGUUUUUGUAAGGUUUUAAAACAUGAGAUCUGUCAAUAAACCCAGAUGGAACUUCUGGUUCUGGGCGCGGAAAAUGGAGUAACUCCUUUUACAAUAACUA